CGUAGACAAAAGCCCUGGGCCAGAAGUGGAGGCGGGGCCUCAUGGGAGGUCUGUGAGCCGCUGCUGAGCUCUCGACCAGAGCUUUGCUCCGCCCCCGGGGACUGCCAAAGCCACCAUGGAGGAGUACCACCGGCCCUGUGACGAGGUUGGCUUCAAUGCUGAAGAAGCACAUAAUAUAGUCAAAGAGUGUGUUGAUGAAGUCCUAGGAGGUGAGGACUAUAAUCAGAACAACAUUAACCAGUGGACUGCAAGCAUAGUGGAGCAAUCCCUAGCACAUCUGGUUAAGCUGGGAAAAGCGUAUAAGUACAUCGUGACCUGUGCUGUGGUCCAGAGGAGCGCUUAUGGAUUUCAUACAGCCAGCUCAUGUUUUUGGGAUACAACAUCUGAUGGAACCUGUACUGUAAGAUGGGAGAACCGAACCAUGAACUGCAUCGUCAAUGUUUUUGCAGUUGCUAUUGUUCUGUAACCCGAUAAAUAGACUGGGUUAAAGCCAUUAACUUAAGUUUGUGAGUGUGUACUUUCGAAAAAGAGUGAUAAUUACCUAUUAAUGUGCUAGAUGACAAGUGUGCAAUAUGCUUUAAAGCUAUCAGCAAAAAACUGAAUAUUGUAAGCAAAAGUCUAAUAAAUAAGAACUUGGCAGGUUAUCUCAUAUUCUAUACAGCUUCACCUAAAGACACAAAUGUUAGCCAAAUAUUAAUGCAGAAAUAUUGACUGACAUAAAAUAGAAUGUUAUAUUUAUACAAGAAUUUCAUUAGCAUUAUGCACCCACAGAGAUGGGAAAAUCUAUUUAGAUACCAACAUCAUCUUUAAACUAGAAAACUUAACAGGGAUAAAUAAAUAUGAGAAUAAAACAACUGCAAUGAUCAGUGCAGAGAAAAUGACAUGAAUUAGCUGAUACCUUCUUAUUUAUUUUAAUUUCUUCCCUUCAUUGAAUUAUAUAUAAUAGUCCAUGGAAAAUAAUUUUGACACCUCUCACCACCUGCAUCUAAUGUUAUAGUAGCAGCUAUGACUGACCUGUUUCCUUUUCCAGAGAACUGGCCAAUUCAUUUUUUUUUAUGUCAGUUUCUUGCAUUUACACUUGAGGUGGAAUUAAAUGAUAACCAGAUUUCCUGGUUAAGCAAAAUUAGUUAAGUAUGUGAUCAGCAGUAUAUGACUCAGACAACUGCCUUACAAUCUACUCAUUCCAUGAGGAACAUUAUCUAAUGAAUGCUUAUUCUACAUAUUUCUCUGCCAGGCAUGGCAGCUCUCAACAUGGUGUUCGUGUUAAGUUUCUUUUGGUAGCUGUUCAGUUGGAAAACUGGUAUCUCUGAAGAAGGGCCGACAAAGAAAGGAAAAGACUCUCAACCUUCAUGGAGAACUAACCAAAAGGAAAUCACUAAUUGGUGACAAAAUUAGAGAUAUAAUUUUUAAGGUUUGCCGCUGACAAAGUAAAAUACAUAAAAUAUGCAACUCUUACUUAAAGGCCUUAUCAGUAGUCUAAGCUAUACAAAUAACAAAUUUUAUCAUUGUGUUAGUCACAGCUGUGUGUGCAUAAUUUAAAAUACUUAUGUGGAGUUAGGACUGAGUGGAGUAGGCUACACAUUAAAAGCGAACAAUCAUUAGCAGGUUAUCUAAUAUCUCAGGGUUUAUGAAAUAUAGUUAAAUUUAUUAAGAAAAUCGGUGAUAAAAAAAGUAGGGUACACAGCUGGCCACCAAAUGCGAAGCCAAUCUGCCAUUUAACCUUGAAAAUGAAAUGAAUUUUACAUGUCACCACUGGCACCCAAUCCAUGUAAGGACUAGAACCACGAUUUAUUGAAUUUUUAGGGGAAAGAAAAGCUUACUAUUAAUGGUGACAAUAUUAAGAUGGGAUCCUUGUAUGAGUACUACUUGCAUGGUUGACAUUUUGUUGAAUAACUGCAAUGGCAAGAAUGCAAAGAUAGAGUUUAAUGCAGUGAUCUGUGAUUUUUGGCACAUCAGAAAUUCCUUGCCAUUACCUUUAUGUUACUUUAUGCUUCUGGCUCUUGUACCUCUGGAGAUUAUAAUAGUGACCAAACUAUCUGUGCAGUUAAGGCUUCUUUCUGAUUAUUGUUGUUGAAUCCUCAUUUUCAAAUAAAUCAUACCUCGUGAGCUUGCUCUUUGCUGUUCCUAGUUAAAAUAUAAUAAAGAUUAUCUUACUGUACUGUA